AUGGCAUGUGUUGUUUCUGGCAGAAGUAAAUGUGAUGCCCUCGUGUAUGCAUGCUUUAAUUUACUGAAAAUGGUUGCUGGAAGGAAUGAUGAUGCGCUUGCGGAGGCAUUGACCCUGUUGGCUGGUGCCAUUCUGCAAAUGAAUGCUGGUGAUCGGGAGCAUGAUGCUGAUGAAUUUCGUGCUUUAGCUCAAGAGUGGUUGAAGGCGAUUGAGAAAAUCUUUCGAGUUAUGAACUGUUCAAAUGCGCAGAAGGUGCAGUUUGACACUUAUAUGCUUGAGAAAGAAGCUGAGGAUUGGUGGCACAACACUAUUCAGAGAUUUAAUGAGGAUGGCAUUGAAGUGACUUGGACACUUUUCCAUUAUGCUUUUCUGGAGAAGUAUUUUCCAGAAGAUAGUAGGAUCUAUGAUAAGGAUAGCCGUGAGAGUGAUGCUCAUUACAAGUCCUUGCAUGAUAAGAAAGGAAAAUGGCAAUUCCGAAGGAAGACGUAUUAUGGUAAGAAGAAAGUUGGUGAUGGCAAGAAGCCGAGUGGGGGAGGAUCUCACACUCCUGUUAAGUGCUUCAGAUAUGGUGUUGAGGGACAUCGUGCUCCAGAGUGUCCUAAGGGCGAUGUGACUUGUUUCAAAUGUGGCAAGCAAGGUCACAAAUAUUUUGAUUGCAGAGUUGGUUCGAAUAUGACUUGCUACAACUGUGGUGAGCAAGGGCACAUUAGUACCAAGCGAAACAAGCCGAAGAAGGAGCAAGCCAAAGGGAAGUGUUUGCAUUGUCCGGUGCUGAUACUUUUGCUAAGGAGAGAUUGA